AUGUUAACCACAAUAUUUAUUCCACCAUGGUUUUUGUGUCAAGAACGAUUUUUAAUUUCUUAUUAUGUAUUUGAUGACUUAAACAAAGAAUCCGAACAUCAAAAGUUAUAUCUCCGAUAUGAACCUUAUCUUCAACUUCAAAUAAAUGAAUUUAAGCAUAUAUUGAUAUAUAAUGUUGAUAACUUCCUUACCAUUAAUUUAAAUUAUCAGGACCCAAGAGGCGGUCCCUGUUGGAUAAAAUAUGCCAUAUCCAGUGACGGUUAUGGUUUUCAAGAUUAUCAAACAUUCGAAUUGCCUCCAGAAAUAAACAAUAAUUACCAAUCAUAUACAGUGAACAUUAAAAUUGAACAACUUGCAUACGAAAAAUCAUAUGAACUUAUGAUCAAUCGAUUUAAUCCUCAACUUGAUAUUUAUGAUUGUAAUUCUUAUAAUGGUUAUUACAAUGGUAAUUAUUAUGAUUGUCAAGAUUAUAAUAGCUUUUUUGGAUGUCUACCAAUAGUCAUGCAAUUCACUAUUCAAUUGUCAACUCCAGUUUUAUCAAUUACCAAAAAUCCAAAUGAAAAAUACUAUAAGAACAAAGAUCAGUUAAUUUCAAUAUCAGGUACAUUAACAGAUACAAAUCUUGGUGAUGUUUCAUUACAAUAUGCAUAUGAUUCAUCAACUAAUUUCAAAUUAUAUGAAACAAUAAAAAUAGAGUCAAUAACUGAAUCAAAACAAUUCACAAUGAAUAUACCUUUAGAUCAAACAUUUUCAGAAGGUACUCAUACCAUAAAAAUCAAAGCAAUAGAUACUUUUAAUAAAUUUCAAACACUAGAUCCUAUUAAAUUUGAUUUCAAGUUUAAUGAUCCAGAUCUUCUAAUUCUUGAUUAUAAUGAAUAUAAUCCUCCUGUUUACACAAAAAAUCUUAAAAAUGAUUUGGAAAUACAAAUCAAAUUAAUUGAUUAUAACAUUGUAGAUACUUUGAAAGUUGAUUAUGAAUUUGAACAAACAUAUUUCACUGGUUCAGUGGAAUUUCAAAUGGGUAAUGAGAUCGAAAAAACAGAUAUGUUAUAUAUUCGAAUUCCAAGCGAUUUACCUGAAAAUAGAUAUAUAGUUAAUUUAAAAGCUGUUGAAACUCCAGAAAGAACAUCAGUUGUGAGGAAAUACUAUUUUAUUUUUAAAUACAACAAACCAAUAAUAACUUUAAAUAAUGAAAGAAAAGAAGUCUAUUAUAAAGACACAGACAAAUAUGUUCAUAUUUCGGGUGUAGUUCGUGACGAAAGAUGUAAUGAAAAUAUUCAUAUUUUCUGUAACAUUGAAAAUAUGGAUGAUCAAACGGAUACACACGUUGAUCUCGAUAAUCAAUGCUAUCAACCAUUCAGUCUGAAGAUCCCAAUAUCACGUGUUAACAAUGGUAAACAUCGAUUUUUAAUUAAUUCAAUGAAUGAUAAACAGGAAUCAUCAGAACAAGUUAGCUUCACAACAAAUAUCACAUUUCGAUAUCAACCAUCCAAUUUUGAAGAUGAUCCAAAGAUCAAACAUAAAUUCAAGCCAUUUUCGUUUAUCUAUUCUAUCAUUCAAUACAUUUUAUAUUAA